GAAUCGUCGAUAAUAUUCUCCAUACUAUCUCCGCGACACUUACCAUCGAAAUACGAAACUAUUUCACUAUAAACUUUGCCAUUUUUCCAUAGAUGUCGUUAAUCAUAAGUUUAAACAUUAGUCCCGUCUGUUUCUUUGUACAGAGUAUUUAUAAUUUGCUUACAACCUGUCCUAACCUAAGUGAACGUCAACAAACAAUAAUACGGGUCUGUGAAACUACCCUCUAGUUUAUUCUGUCUCCAACAGUAAUAAACAGCGACAAAAAAUGCAAAUGUACUGUAAUAUGUCGUAAACAUCCUGAUGUGACCCAUGUCACGAACGUAUUACCUCUGUAUCACAUAAACAUAGACAUAUAAUGAGACCCCAAAAAUUUCGGCUUCCAUGCAACGUGGAUAGUUUUAUACACACAGAUGAGAAGGUAGUGAUCGUGUCUGUGUUUGGGAAGUCACAGUAUCGUGUGAAAGGAUGCAAGACAAGUAUGCUUGGUUCUAUUCUUCAAGUGGACCUCCUGGAUGAACCGGAAGUGGACAAGGAUUCUUUCUGCGAAAUCGAAGGAUACUACGAUUCUAAAGAAAAGACUAUAUAUUUGCAUUUACGGGGUUUAUUAGAUACGCACACUCUCUUAAUGGAGUACGAUAGAUUCAUAGAUAAGCAGGACUGCAAGGACUUCCUCAGUGUGUGGGCUCAUAUGAGAGACAAAUACGCCAGAGCGUUGCUUGUUCUGUUUCAUAUAUCUCAUGUUAUCGUUCUCACUCACCCCACUCACACAUUCGAUUACAGUUAUGUACAUUUAUUCAGAGCAAUGGACAUUGUGAGGCAAAAAAUUUCCCCCCAACUCUCCGAUGUUCUCAGCUGUAUUUACAGUCUGCCCAAAGAUUGGGUGUCCAACGUCCGACCCUGCUCUCCGAGAGUACUGUUCUAUUUCGAAACUUGUCCUGCUGUGUUCCAAGAUUCUGCUAGCGGAGCAAACAUAAAGAAACUAGAGCAUUCCUUGGAAGAUCAAAUUUACCAUGUGUUAAGGAAAAAUCGUAUAGUAACUAAUAUUAGCUCGAAUUCUCUGUUUGCGAUUCCCGCGAACCAGGAAUUUGUUUACGUAAACACUGGCACCACCGAGUCCAAAGACAUCCUCGGUUACAUGGCGAGAAAACUGAUACAAAGCUGCAAAGCCAGUUCCGGUGGUAGUACUUCGAGAAGCCUAGCCAGUCAGGACUCGAAUCUUCAAAUGGACGAUACAGAAAUUGAGACUCGUUCCUUCAGACUGUUUCUACAGCAACACAUAAAUUUGGCUUUCGCGAGAGGCUUCGACGACAACGUUGGCCGACAUUCCGUCCCCGCGUACUUCGAGAUACCUACCGUAGGAAUAUUUUGCGAAGUGGUAAACAAGGUCUACGACUUCUUCAUUCAUGGGACGGACAAGGAAUUCCUAACUUUGCACAAUCUGUUGGACACGGAUGUUAAAUUUAGCAAGAGCAGAUGCAGCAAAGUGCUUCCUAGGGCCCUGCAAACUUACCAGGAGAACCUACCUCAACAUUAUACGAGAGCGUAUCACGAGACGAAAUUGGCUCACGCGAUGGCAGUUUUCGAGAUGCACGCGCGUGGUCCGCUGUUCGAAGAGUUCAACGAAAAGCUACAAGCUGAAUGCGAGAAGCACUGGCGGUCCGGAAGGCAAAUGUGCGAGGUUCUAUCUCUAACAGGCAACCCCUGCACGAACCCUACCCACAGAGGUGGGAGCGACGGAGCUGGAGGCGGAGAACAACCGGAGCCCAGAGACAGCGACAACGACUUACCAAUCAGGGAGCACUGCAGCGGAGUCAGAUACAUAUGUGCUUGCAACUGUGGUCGCUGCCAAGGCUCCCGAGAGGACCCCUUCAGCCUUCGCCAAGCCAACUACGACUACUUCCAGAUUCUGGCGAAACAGUGUGGCUGCGCGCAACUGGAGAACAUACAGUUUCCGGUUUUCCAACCUAGUACGCAUAACUAUAGACCAGCACAAUUGCUUUCUGUCACGAAACGGAAGGACUCCUUCUGCCACGUGGAAUCGCCAACGCCGAGAGGGAACACUCAGGCCUGCAGCCUUGGAGUCAACACCUUGAAUGACGACAUUCGCACUCCGUACGGCAGCGGAGGCCAGUCGGAGCAAACGAGCGAGACAAACGAGGACGUCCCCAAACUCAGUAACAAGACCAGUCUGACGCCAAGCGACGCGCACAAGGUCGUGAUAGAGGUCUCGGACAGCGACACGGACAACAAAGAGAAGUCCCUGGUCAGACAGCCAUCGACGACGGAGUACCUCCCAGGGAUGCUGCACACGGAAUCCCCGGCUGGUCUCCUACCGCAGUUCUCCAGCUGGUCGUUGGUUUGCCUCGGCCCGAGCAGCUUAUACUCCCACAACUUGGGCCUCCAGCACCAGGCUGGGGUCCUACCCACCUCCGCCUUUCUCCUACCCUGGGACGUAACCGUAAGAUUGGAGCAUCAGAAGGAAAGAGGUUCCCUCUGGCCCACGAUCGGCGACCACGGGAACCACGGUUACUGUCCGCGAGGAAAGAACUUCCAGAACAUGAACACCAUUCGCGGUCGCAAGUCCAAAGGCGGGAAGGAAUUCGUCGUGAAGAUAUUCGUCGGGGUGGAGUACGAGUGUCCAAGGGGCCACAGAUUCAUGGCGUCCGCGCCCGACAAGGUCCUGAAAGCAACAGGAAACGGGAUCGUCAAGGAUAGUGGGAACAAAGUAACAUCCAGCACCGCGGAUAUGCCUCUUUACUUCCCGUGUCCUUGCAGGCAAACGAAACCGCUAAUAGCGCAGCUAAUGAGGAUCCACGUGGUGACUCCGAAGGCUCCUGUCCACGUCACGUUGAACCCUCGAGUUCAACCCGGACCUCCGCCCUGUCCAAUUUUCGUAACCGGUUGCGACGAACCUAUAAAGCUUUCUCAAAGUGCCUACUGGGUCUUGAGGCUACCGUAUGUAUACAUGGACGAGAAGGGGCCCUACUUGGCUCCAAAAGAACCGGUACCAACUUCCCAUGGAAGAUUACUGGCAGGUAUGUAUGGAAUCAGCGAAGUGGUUCCAGAAAAGAAAUAACGCAGUAUUUAAUUCUUGUUAUAAAUAAUACUUUGUACCAAAACAUGUCGAUAAGUCUUGUAAAUAGAAAGUUAUGUGUUUAGUCA